AUGUCCUUUGCCCGCCUCGCCGUGCCACCCGUGGCAGGAGCCGCUACCUCCCUCGCUCUCCUCUACCUCUACCACCAAGCCACCCUCUCGCGGCACGACGCCCUUCAAGACGCCAUCGAGCAGACGCGCGAGAGUGUAGAGAAUGCCGAGCAUAGAAUUAGAGACAAGUUCAGCGGGAAGCCCUCCUCCGGCGGACUGAGAGGAGAGGAGGGACGGGCAGAGAGUAGCUUCACAUUGGGUGAAAGAAGUCGCUAUCAGGAGAAGAGGUACAAGAGCGUCGCCGAGGAGAUUAAGGAGAGGUGGAACUACCACCUCCUGCAUCUCCCCUCGACCUUUUCCCACCUAGAAGCAGACAACAUCAUCCUCACAACUUUCGCAACCCUCACAAACUACACGCGAGCAGCCGCAUCCUCCCUCUCCGACUCCACCACAAGCAGUAGUAGCAGUAACAGCGGGUCGGUAGGUGGAGCAGUAGAGAAUGCUCGAGCCAGGGCGGGGGAUGCACUAGAUCGGCUUGAAGGAGCUUCAUUGAGGACAGAGGAGGAGGUGAAGAGAAAGGCGCAGCAGGUGAAAGAGGGAAUUGAGAGGCAGGAGGCUAGGUUGAGGUGA